AUCCUCAUCUAAAAUAAGAGUGUGACAGGUGUGGCGUCAUCAGUUCUCUCUUCUGCCCCCCACUGGACGAAUCCGGAACUACCUGGAAAGUUCAUGAACUUGCUGGUGCUGAAGAUCACGCGGUAUAAAGCCGAGCGACUCGCAGCACUCGAGUCAAAUCUGAACGCCUCACGAGUGGACGACACCAGAGAGACUCGAGAACACAAAACCCUGAACAUGUUGAGCCUGCAUGGAUUCCAGCCUUCCUUCAGCUCACUGAUGGGAACCGAGUGGCCAGUGCGCAGUCUCUGGCCGGAGAUCACAGCUCUUCACAGACACGCAGAAGUGCUGCAGGAGGCGAGGAGCAGCCUGGAGAAACUGCAGCACGAGAUCUUUGAGGAGAUGCAGCAGGAGGAGAUCUAUCCAGUCUCCUGCGCAGUGGAGAAAGACGGAAGCCGCUUUGCUUUGACGCUGGACACUCGCGACUUUUCCCCGGAGGAGCUGUCAGUCAGGCAGGUGGGCAGGAAGCUGCAGGUCUGCGGAAAGACCCAGAAGAAGCAGGAGGAUCCCGGGAAAGGCUCGUACUCGUGCAGAAUCCAGGAGUUCAGACGGGUGUUUGACCUGCCUGAAGGAGUGAAUCCUGAGGGAUUGUCCUGCUCCAUGGCUGAUGAUGGAAAGCUCUACAUACAGGCGCCAGUGAAUCAGAGAUCUGAAGACGCUGAGAGGAAGAUUUCCACUGACUGUGAAGCUGUGAAGACAGUCGAGACACAACAUGAAGCCACGACUGAUCAGAAGACCGAGUAAAACCCUGAUCAACUCUGAUGGACUGCCUUAAAUGAUGUUUCGUUUUGAUAUAAAUCCUGUAUAGUUGUACAGUUUAGGUAAAAUAUCACAUUUAUAUCUGUAAAGUUUGAGUAAAACUUUUUUAAACUUGUUGUAUAGUAGUUUGUUUAACAUAGCUAUACAGUGCAAUACUUUUCCUCACAUUUGCUAUGAAAAAUAUUUGUAACAUUUUGCACAAGCUCCAUUUGUUAACUUGAACAAGAACAAAAAUGUUGAACUUCUAAAGCAUUUAUUAAUCUUGUAUGUUAUAUAUUAUGUAGGCCUGUAUGUAUGUAAUAUAUUGAAAUCAAAAAUUUUAUCUGAUAAUAUAAUUUAAUGCACCUGAGCUAACAUGAGCUAACAAUAAACAGAUUAAGCACUGUAUAGCUCUGUAUUAUUAAACACUGUUUUGUGACAAAUGUUUUGCUCACUGUUAUUUUAUUAUUAGUUAUGCAUUUACUUACGUUUAAUGGGAGUUUAUUGUAAAGUGUUACUGAAAUAUCAUGUGCAGAAACCAAAUGUAAUGAAUCAAUGCUAAGAACUUGUACUGAAACUCAUCUUAAAGGAAUGGUGCACAUAAAAAUUAAAAUGAAUGUAUUUUUUGAAAGUUCA